AAGAAUAGUAUUAUUAAUGAACGUAUCAAGUUGCAAACAGUCAACUUUGAUGAAUAAAAGCAAGAUGUGUUAGUAUAACAAGUCAUCGCUGCUGAAAGUCGGCAUGACACCUGGUCAGACGACGAAACUUCCAUGGCUGCUAAAUAUAUACAUGUCUCUCUCUCUCUUGAAAUUUCUGAUUAUAUUUAAAUCCACUCAAAAUCCCUCAUUUACUAAUCAUGACAACUAGUCUUCCAUAUAUCAUUCUUCUCCCACUAUUAAUCAUAUCGGCGGCCGGGGUCGGGGCAAGACCCCGGCCGCUGACGAGCACGUUGGUAUCCGAUGGAUACCAGCUGUCGUCUUCGUCUUCGUCUUCUCCUCCGGUGAUACGAAUGAAAACGAGCGAAGAGGAAGAGACGAUUUGCAGGCAAUUGUAUGGUUUCCUGCCUUGCUCGGAGAGCAUGGGCGGGCAUUUGUUCCUGAUUUUGGUGUAUGAAUAUCUGCUUUUUCAUGGAGAAUCAUACGUUGGAUGGGGCGGAGAGAGGAUUUUUAAGAUUUUGGGGCCUGGUGCGUUUGGUGCUUCUGCUUUUCAGCUCAUUGGCUCUCUCCCUGAAGCCCUAAUUCUUCUCGGUUCGGGGCUGUGGAGCAACGACGAAACUGCUCAAGAAUGCAUGGUGACCGGAAUUGGGCUGCUGGCCGGUUCAACAAUCUUGCUCCUCACACUCCUCUGGGGCACUUGCGUUCUCCUCGCCGCCCAUACUUUCCGCCCCGACUCCCUCUCCCACUCUCACAGCCGCCUCCAAACAUUCUUCUUUUCCCUUUGGCCUGGCUAUGGCGUCUUAACAGAUAGUGACACCACUUAUACUGCCAGGAUCAUGCUGCUCUCCGUGGUACCACUUGCAUUCGUUCAAGUACCAGGAAUUUUUGGAUUUUCUUCUUCAGCAAAACGCCAUUUUUUGCUAGCUCUUCUUCUCGUCUCUAUCAUUUUCCUGCUCUCUUACUUCUUUUAUCAGUUCUUUCAACCUUGGAUUCAGAAGCGCCGCUUGCUCUACAUAAAACACGACCAUUUAGUUGUGGACAUUCUAAAACACGUGCAAAAUCAGACGCAGGGAAGCCUCCUAACCGACAAUGGCUCGCCAAACGUAUCCACAAUCAGAAGGCUAUUCGACGAGAGAGACGCAGACAGAGACAAGGUGAUCUCCUUGGACGAGCUCAAGGAGUUUCUGAAAGAAAUCAAGUUGAGAAACGCCAAGUUGGACGAGGAGUCGACGACGGCGGAGAUGAUGGCGGAGUUCGACAUCGACAAGGACGAGAAGAUCACGAUGGAUGAGUUCGUGAACGGCAUGACCAAAUGGCUGGACGACACCAAGGACGCAAUGAGCAAGCGAUACCACUCCGUCAAAUCCCUCAAGGACAUGUACGAGGUUCUCAGACCGUGGAUCCAAAAGAAGAGAGAGGAGAGAGAAAUGAUGAGGCAUCUCAUCCCAGAUAUGUUGGAACACCUCCAGAAUUCCGUCUAUGGAUCCCUUCUGACGCAGGAUGGAACUCCUCAUCUCCCCGCCAUCAAAAGCUUGUUCAACGACAUCGAUCUCGAUAAGGACAACUGCAUAUCAUACUCGGAGCUGGAGGAGCUCAUAUCCAGCAUCAAGUCCGGCAUCAUCCCCUACGACCCUAGCACCGCCGCCGCCAAAAUUAUGGAAGAACUCGACCUCAACGCCGAUCACCUCAUCAGCGAGGACGAGUUCGUCGCCGGAUUGUCCAAAUGGAUCAACACAAUCUACAACAAAUCAGAACAAACUGAAGCCCAAGACUAUCAGCAAACAUGGGAGCAGACAGACAAGCUGAUCGAGGACAAGUUCAUCGACAAGUCGGCGCUGGCAUGGGGCAAAGCGAUAGCUCUACUGCUUCUCGGGAUAGUGAUGCUAGGCCUUCUAGCCGAGCCGCUCAUACGCAGCGUUCGCGAUUUCUCCGCGGCUGCAAACCUUCCCUCCUUCUUCGUCGCCUUCGUCUUCGUGCCUUUGGCAACGAAUGCAAGGCUAGCAGUGUCUGCUAUCAGCGAAGCGCGCAAGAAGAAACUUCACACUACUUCUCUAACACUGUCGGAGAUAUAUGGAACGGUGUUCAUGAACAACGUUCUGGGACUGGUAGUUCUUCUCUCCCUGAUCUAUUUUCGCGGCAUAACGUGGGAUUUUUCAACGGAGAUUGCGAUGGUUUUAGGCGUAUCUGCCAUAAUGGGAUGCCUUGCAAGCUUCAGCAUUGUUUUCCCAGUUUGGACAGCCUUCUUGGCUUAUCUGCUCUAUCCAUUGUCCUUCAUUCUUGUCUACGUUCUUGGAAAAUUUGAUUGGUUGUCCUACUCAUCUUAGCCCACAAACACAAAUUUGUGUUCAUUUUUAUUCUUUUAUUUGUAAACUCAAGGUUAAAGAGGAUAGAGAAUUCCCUAUAUAUAAAGAAUAAAGAAACAAUCAUGUUCGUCCA